GGUCGCGCGAGCAGUGCAGACAUAGCUCGCUAUCUCACUCGCUCACUCGCUGUCUCACUCACUCGCUCGCUCGCUCGCUCGCUCACGCGUCAUUACGGCGGCGAGCCUGGUGACGGACGGGUUGCGACAUGUCGCGCUCCUUACCAAGUUUUUCGAAUCGAUCAAGGCGAUCGUAAUACACAUUGUGGUACUUUGCAGGUUCCUCACCGAUACUAAGAUUACCGCGUGCAGCAUUCGAUGGGCUAUGAAAGAUCCGGCGGAAUUCGCAAUUGUGUGUCGGAGGCAGCCCCGAGGAAUCUUGUUUAAUCCGAGCAGAAUAAUCUAGAGAUCCCUUGGAGCUUAAGACCGUGUGAGAGAUGCAGUUGCGGAGAAUGCGGUUUCGGGUGGAUGGCAGAUGCAGCACCGGAGGAUUCGGUUCGGGCCGGGCAGGAUCGGCUCGAAGAAUCGGACAUAGCAGAAUAUGGCCGAUCCUGAGUUUCAAGUUUCAGACUUGGAGUGGAUCUUGCGGCCACAUUGCGAAGGCAACUGCAGUUUCAGCGGACGUGUAUGCCGUACCGGAGGACCCGGUUCGGGCCGGAAAGGGUCGGCUCGAAGUUUUAUUGAAGCGGUAUGUGGCCGGCCCUGACUGCGAGUCGUUUCGGUAUUCUCAUUCAGUUCCGGGCCGGCGAGUGACACGCACACCACAAGCUACAUGGAUCGUUGUAUUAACUAUUGUUCCUCUACACGGUCAAAACAUCCGGCGCUUUCUAGGCGAUCUUUAUCCGUGUGCCUCGCGGAUUUUCCCGGAUCUCGUCAUUCAGUCCCGGGCCGGCGGCCAACACUACAGACUACGCGUGUCGUGUACGUUAUCUGUUGUUUCUUUCGGGUGAUUGAAUUAUUUCGUCGGUAUUUUGAGGUACUUAGUUUCUC